UUUCUUAUUGCUUUGACUCUCCUAUCAUGGUGUUUUGGUGGUUAUAUCAGCCUGAAGAACGCGUAGAAGCAUUUCAUGCCAAGCACUCGUUCACACGAAAGUUUUGCGGUUGCAUGUCCCUGCGAGGUGGCUGUGCCAUUGCUUGCGGUAUAUGGAUGGGAGUAAAUUUAUAUGCCUGUAUAUUAGCUUUCCAAAGUCGAAGUCCUUUCUUUUCACACCUGGAUCACAAAACGCUGAUGGUGCAGGGAGGAGUAUGCUUGCUUUUCGCCUUGAUCGCUUUUUAUACCCUAUUCGCCCUGUUUUCGGAUUCACUACGAUCAUUACACCAUGCGCAUCGAGCUAUGUGGUUUACAGUAUGUGUAUUCAUUAUCGAUUUCUUCGUUACGAUCGUGAUAUUUGGCAUGCAAGAACAGCAAUACUAUGACUGGUGUGCGAGCAAGUCUCGAAACAUUGUGGACGAACACGUAUCCGCGCAGACGGUCAACGGCACACAAUUACAGUUCAGUUUCACCCCCAGUCAAGGAAGUCGGGAUUUCUACAACUGCAACAAGCUCUGGCAGGACGAAAUGAAGUUUGCUAUUGCGAUAUUUAUCGUAAUUUCCAUCUGCUAUAUAUAUUGGGCUAUCUGCCUAUGGUCCUAUUCGCAGAAACUAUUUCGAAUCGCACGAGGGCCCAGCAAUUUCCUUCCACCAGGUCCGGUAGCGCCCAUGAUCCCUGGUAUGAUGAAUCUACGCCCAGGAACGCAAGAAGAGGCACUAGAAGAAAAGACGGCCCCUUCAAGAUCAACCGAAAAGAGCCUAGCGCAAAUAACGAAAUCACUGAUCGAACGAUGGACAAGCAAACGAUGA